UUUUAGAUGUUUUAAAGAAUAAUUUUCAAUAUAUUAUAUUAACUAUAAAAAAGAUGGGAAAACGAAGGUCAACUAGGUCAAGCGGACAUUGACGUAAGCUGCGUCGCUUGCGGCGUCGAGCUGCAUUUUGUAAUGAUACUUAGAUGGGUUGCCCGGUAAAAGUAUAUUGAAUGCAUUGGAAUUAUUUCCUCAUCCUGUCCUAAACGUCGAUCCAGAGUGAACUUUCAUGAAAGUUAGAGCAGCUUUAAGAUAAUAACUUGUGACAUGUAUAUUUUAAUUAAAUGCUUUAAGAAGAAAAGUUGUGGAAAGUGUCUGAGUUGAGCAUCAAAUUCAUCAUGCCGAGAAUUGAUCCAUUGCAGUUACUUAAGUGCCUCAGUGUCCUGUUGGCUCCAAAUGGAGGCAUAAAGAGCAAGGAGGAGGUGCAGAGGCUGGCAAGGUUUAUGGCAGCAGGUGGCUGGAAUUUAAUUCACAUGUGGCUCUCUGAUGCAAUAAUUGCAAAAAAUUGGCCAUUGAUUCAAGAAUUAUUGGAAUUAUUAUUAAUGUGUCCUGUUGAUGUUGAAAGGUUAAAAACAAAUACUUGCCCAAAGUUAAUUAAAGGUCUUUCAAAAGAUGGGAGUAAUGAAAAUGUUAGGCUUCUUGCUGGAAAACUAGUAGAACAGUGGCUAAGGAUAGUGAAAGGAGAAUGUGCAGAAGCUGGGAAAUCUACUUCAGUUCCAGACAUAAAACCAGUUAUUUCAGAUAUGACAUUGAGUGUUUGCGAUGUGAAACCUGUUAUUUCUGAGGUAAAACCAGUCGUUCCUGAGACCAAACUGAUAGUGCCAGAUGUUAAAUCUGAAAUUCCAGAGAUUAAACCUUUGGUUUCUGAAGUUAAAUCAGAAGUGUGUAGUGUGGAACAGACAGCUGAUAAAAAUGUGGAUUUGGUGAAUGUUAAUCUGGGAGAAAGGGUGCAAAGUGACUCGGUUCCUAAAGAAGAAUUGGGGGACAAUGAAAUUAAAGAGGAGGGUAUUGUUGAAAGUGCUAAUGUUAAGCUUGAAACGAUUGUGGAAACUAUGUCCAUUAAAACUGAGGGAGCAAACAUAAAAUUAGAAAAAGUAGACCCUGGUGACGAAGAUUUGGAUGGUGUAGGAACUUGGAAUGGCCCCGUGGGCCAGUUACCAGUGUAUAAAAUAACAAUUAGGGAUGGGAAACAAGUGUUAGCUAAAGUGUAUUCAGGUGAUAGAACUAAAAAAUUACCUGAAGAUGAAGAACAAGAAGAUACUCCUGAAGCCAUGAAAUCACCAGUUAGAAACUGUAGUGUAAAUGUUAGUAAGUUAAAUGAAAGUGUUGUGUUAGAGAAUCAACAAAUAAAAGAUGAGCCCGAUCUAAAAAUAGAGGAUAUGAGAGGUAGUGUGGGUGCUAAAACAAAAAUUAAAUCAGAAAUUGUGUCUAAUGAAAACCUUAAAAAUAAGGAAGGCCACAAAAAAGUAAAAGACUUAGUGUUGAGUAACAAAAGUGAUAAGAAAUCUAAAUCCUCAGAAUUAAAUAAGGAUAAAGGUAAAGAUAUAAAAGAUAAGGAUAAGAGUAAGGAAAAGAUCAAAGAGAAGGAAAAAAUUAAAGACAAGACAAAGGAAAAAGAAAAGGUAAAAGAGAAAGAAAAAGAUAAGAAGUUGAGUGAUAGUGUUAGUGAGAAAGACCUUUCACAGGCUGAUAGGGACAAAGCAACUCUUGCCAAAUUGAUUCCUCCCACAAUUAGUAAAUUAGGGAAAAUACCAAAGAAACCAAAGACUGAGGAUAAUCUGAAAAAUGAAUCUAAAAGCCCAUUGAAUGAAGGGAAAAAAUCUCCAGACUCCGCAAAGAAAUCUGUUCCAGAGUCAAAGAAAAAUUCAAUUUCAAUUGAAAUCAGAAAUAAAGAUGGUUCACGUCCAAAAACUGUUAAAAAAUUCAACUCUAAAUUUCGCUCUACUGGUUUGGAAGAAGAAGUAAAGCCUCCACCUUCUCGUCUUCAGAAGAAACCUAUGCCACUUCCUGAAAAGAAACCAGUGAAGCUUCCACCACUGAAACGUCCUAGUCCCCCAAGAGAGGCAGGUCCUUUAGAGAAGAAAAUGAAGCCAACACCAGAUCUUUCUGUUGAGGAGCUCAAAAAGAAUGAAAAGCCAGGCAGCAUAAAGUUAAUUCCAUCAAAACCAAAACCUCCUUUCUUGCAAGAGAGUGAUAUGUUUAUGGAUGCUCUCACAGCAUCCUCAAAGAAAGAACCUCGGAAAAGAAAGCGUCGCAUUAGCAGUAGUAAAGAUUCAUCUGAUAAAAAGGAAUCGGGAAGUAAAGAUGAAACAACACCACCUUCUUCUCCUGUGUCAGAUGAAAUUAAAUCACCACCUAUAAUGAAGCCUGCCCUCAAAUUUUAUCAAGAUACAAUGGAAGCUGAAGAUGAAAAGGAAUCAGAAGAUAGCAAAGACUCAGAGAAAAAAGAAGAAAUUGAAAAUUCCAUAUCAAAAGAGGAACCAGAAGGAAGAUCAACUCCUACCCCAGAGGGUGAGGAUGAUUCUGGGGACUCGGGAGACUCUGACAGCAAGAAAAGAAAAGUUGCACAAGAAGAGGCAUCAGAUAAUAUUUCUACUGAAAAUGAUUCCACUGAAGAGAGACCAAGUGGUCAUCCAAAAGGAGUUCUUGUGUAUCACAAGAGUAGAAAAGGACCCAAGAAACUUGUCAGAUGGAAACCAGAAAAAGAUCUGGAGACUAUAAAAUAUUUCGAAUUGGAUGAAACUGAGAGAGUGAAUGUUACUAAAAAUUUCAUGGACAUGAAGCAAAUAGAGAGAUCCCAUGAGAGGGAAGCUUUGAUGUCCAGAAAAAUGCCUCAAGAUGAUAAUGCUGAAGAAGACAGUUCAUGGUUGCCAUUAAUACCAAUUGAUUGUAACCCUCCUCUUGUGGAACCUGGGAAGAAUAGUAGAGAGAAGGAUGUUCAAUAUGCUAGAGAAAAAGUAGUUCUUCAGGCUAUUUAUUUUGAUCGAUCUAUGAUUCCUGAUUUUCCUGGAGAACCUGACAUGGAAAUACAUGCCACUACUGACCCUGUUAUCAUUCCUUUGGAUGAUGUAACAGGUAACACAGACAGUGUGAAUGACUUCACAUCUACACCAUGGCCUGAACCCAAGCCCAUGAUAAUACCACAGUCUCCACCUCCCCAGUAUCCUCUGCCUCAACAGCAGCAACCUCCCCAGCAGUCGCCUCAGUCACAACAGCAGAUUGUGUCUCCAUCCUCUCAGUUUGGAACGUUUGGACAUCAAUCCUUCAGCCCUUCACCAAUGUUUCCCAAUCAACCAGGAGUGCCCAAUGUGGCAAAUGCUAUGGGUGUAAUGAUGACUACUCCUGUGGGAGGUGGCAGUGGAGAUUGGAGGACUGGAGAUGGCAAAGUAGUGGCAAUGGGUGAGAUGGCUGGGGCACCAAUGGAGAUGUACAACCAGGGUGGCAUGCCUGUGGGUGGUAUGGGCAUGAAUAUGAAUAUGAAUAUAAACAUGAACAUGGGUAUGAAUAUGAGUAUGAACAUGGGGAUGAAUAUGGGAAUGCCGUCUAACAUGCCAGGAGACAUGAAUUACAAUAUGAUGGGGGCUGGUGAUGACAUGGGUGGACCUGGUGGACCCUUUCCCCCUCAGAAUUAUCCAAUGGGUGGACCCCCCAACAUGUAUGGAUACCAGAAUAGUCGAGGUCCUGGUCCUGGUCCUGGUCCCAAUAUGGGCAAUAUGAGGGGACGUGGAGGACGGGGAGGAAGAGGUCAGUGGUUUGGUAACCAGCAAGGUGGAGGCAGGUGGCAAGGUGGUAGUGGAAGUAGUGGUCGGGGUCGUGGUUGGAGUAGUAGAACUGUUUGUAAACAUUUUCGGGGAGGUUAUUGUAGAAUGCAGGAGAAAUGUCCCUUCUUACACCCUGGUGUAAACGGACCUCCCCAGUUCUAAUGCUCAAUGUCUCCUAAAAGUACAAACUUGCAAAAAUAAUAUUAAGAAGCUGCCAUUAAAGCGAUCUGAUGUAAGAGAGUUGAAGACUUUGAAGAGUGAAUGUGGUGCACUGAAUUCUGUGCUUCCCAUUAAAUAUCUGCAAAGGAAAAUCAUAAAACCAAUGAAUCAUCAACUGGUGCUAAUAUCUUGUUAAACUGUUAUUGAAAGCUGCAAGAUAACUUUUUGUGGAUGAGUGAUGUGUAAUUGUUAUGAAUGAAAUUUUUUUCCUAUUAGCAUUAAGAGUUGCAGUGCGGUUUCUGCGUACUGCUUGUGGUAGCAAAGACAUUGAAAAUAGACUUACAUUUUAUUUGUUUGUGAUAACAGCAGAAAAUCAUUGCAUUUUUAUUUAAGGUUUUGUAAAUAUUUUGUAUAUGAACAAUAGUCUAUUCAGUGUGUACAUAUGUAUGAUAGUGUUUGAUAUGAAAUAUAAUCAGAAACCAGGUUUUUCUGAUAACUAAUGUACAUUAGGGCAUGUUUUGAGUUGCAUGUUCUUUAAUAACAAUAAUAAGAAUUAAACCAAAACAGCAAUAAAAUAAGUGCGCAAAUAAUUUUUGCCAUUGAAUUAAUUAUUUGUUUUAAGAGCACGAGUGGAAUGACAAGAGAUAGAAUGUUCAAAUAAUUAACACACUUCAAAAAACGAAAGAAGUCACUUUAUUAAAUCUGCAGCUUUUCCUUUUUAUAAAGAAGGGAAUAAAUGAAGCAGUUGUAUCAUUAUUAUCUGAAUUUUAGUGUGUACCAGUGAAAUAAUAAUAAUAUGGAGAUUUUAUGAAGUGACAACUUUUACCUUUUGGACUGUGUGUAUAACUUAUGAAGGACCAUUUAGUUGAAGAGGCCAUUUUAUUGAAAUAUUUUUAUCUUGAAAAUCUAUUUUUGUCGUAUAAAUUUGUGACUAGAUAGUACAUGUCAGCAUAGUACUACAUUUUGCAAUAAUCAGUAUGAAAGUAGAUGUUGAAAAAAUCUUCACAUAUCUAGUGAACUGUGUUGCUUCAUGCAGUUUUAAAUGGAUGUUCUUACAUCUCCUUUUAGAUGAAGCUCAUUGUAAUAAAUUUUUAAAUAUCUGAGAAAACACAGUAAUGUGUAUCAAAUCUGUAAUGCUUGUACAUUGCUUUCUUAUAAAGCUUAUGUAAAAAUUGUGUAUGAAUGUGUACAUAGUUCAGAAGCAUUCCAUAUUUGUACAUUAUUCUAUAAUAUUUUUCACAAAAUAUACAAAGCAAAUUAUAAAAGUU